CCCCGUGUCGCCACUCGCUCGGACGGGCUAAUUGAGCUUCGCGUGUGAGCUGAGCCCAUUCGAUCACCAAACCCACCACCACCAUCACCAACCCACCACCAUCACCAACCCACCACCAUCACCACCAUCAUCGUCGUCGACUCAACCCAGCAAAACUAUUUUUAAACAGACUUCACAUUUUUUCGUAAAAAAAAAAAGCAAAUCUGCCCCUGAAAUCGAUUUUCGGCACACGACAAACGGGCGCAUCGUUUACUUCGAAAAAAAUUCACUCGAUACAUCGAUAGAACCUCGAUCUUCGGGCGAGCGAACUUGUCGAGCGGACGAUGUCGUGGAACAGCUACGUGGAGAACCUCAUGGCGAUGGGCAAGUUCACGGACGCCGCCGUCGUGGGCAUCGCCACCAAAAGCGUGUGGGCGUCACACGGCAAACUCCUCGCAAAUAUCACGGCGGCCGAGCUGGACGUGAUCCUGGGCAAGGACCGGCAGAAGUUCUUCAUCAACGGGCUGACCCUGGGCGGGGCCAAGUGCUCGGUGCUCAGGGACCAGCUGAACCUGGCCGACGACUGGACUAUGGACCUCAAGACCAAGAGCGUCGCGGGGGAGCCCACGCUCAACAUCAGCAUCGCGUCCGCCUCCAAAGCGCUGGUGGUGGCGGUGGGCAAGGAUGGGGUGCACGGCGGAGAGAUCAACACGGAGGCGUUCAAGGUGGCGCGGUACCUCCGAGAUAACGGCUACUGAUACUGCUGAUGAUGCCUAUGUCGAGCCAAGCCGCCCGCCACCACCACCACCUCCACUAGCUGCACCACCACUACCAUCACCACCACCACUACCAUCACCACCACUACCAUCACCACCACCACUACCAUCACCUUCACCACCACUACUAUCACCACCACCACUACCAUCACCACCACCACCUCCACUAGCUGCACCACCACUACCAUCACCACCACCACUACCAUCACCACCACUACCAUCACCACCACCACUACCAUCACCUUCACCACCACUACUAUCACCACCACCACUACCAUCACCUUCACCACCACUACUACUACCAUCACCAUCACCACUACCAUCACCGCCUCCACCACCUCCACCAAGACUCUUACCAUCGUCACGGAAUCAUCAUGAUCACAGAAUCAUCAUUAUAAUCAUCACAGAAUCAUCAUCACAAUCUUUGCCCUAUUACUCAUGAAUGCCAAUGAAAAUAAAUGCAUACAGUCGUGA